CAGAAAUAUUUGAUCAAGCAUGGCAGAGACAAACAUGGCAUCUUGCUUUUGCUGCAAAGCAUGCAAUAUCAAGAUUGCGAUGAGCCAAGACUACAUCCGUAGGGAUGCUAGGACAGCCCUGUUCAAGAAAGUGGUCAAUGUUCAAACUGCAGGUCCCAAAGAUAAUUGGCAGAGGAAAGGCUGUACAUUGGCAAAUGUGUAUUGUCGUACUCACAGUUGUAACAAAGCAUUGGGCUUUAGAAUUGUUUCAGCACCCCACCGAAAAUUGAUGGAAGGAAGAGUUGUACUCAGUCUGGACCGUCUACUGUAUUGGAAUGGGAAAAAGCACAGUAAUUCACACCUCGUGCAUCCAGAGAACAGAUUCUUAUCUGAGUUUGAUGAAACUGUAGUUCCUCAUUUCUAUGUCUGCCGUAAAUGCUUUGCACACAUUGCCAACAACAAAGAAUUCAUGGGCAAAAGAAAUAACCUGGGCUGGUUCAAGGAUGUGUAAGACAGUCUUCAUCCCAAGCUGCAUUGAGUUGAAUUUCAGUUGGUUUACCUACCAUUUGAUUGAUCUUUUUUUCUGACGUGUAGUUGUAACUUACUACACAGUGGCUCGGAACCUCACUCUGAGAAUGUUGUGAUUGGUGGUACACUGAGAAAUGAAUACUGCGCCAAUUG